CAAGGUGCUUAUUUAAGCAUUCAGCUCAGGCUCUCUGGUCUUUUUCUUUCUCAUUCCUCAUUUUGUUCGUUUUGGGUUCUUGUGAUAAUCUGUUAGAGUAUAGUAUUAAAGUAGCCAAGCAUCUAUUCAGCUUUGGAUUUGAAUCUUGAAAAUUUUAUAUUAGAUCUGAAGGUGAGCUGAUGUGCUAACACCCGGACACCCAGACAACGAAUUCUUCCUUAAUCUCCCCUCGGUAUCAAAUGCAGGCAAAAGUUUCCCCUAAUCCACCCUCUUUUCCAGAUUUUGGUUUGCAGCAUGGUCAACAGAGGUGGGAAGAACCCUCUAUGUCAGAUUACGGUAUCCGGAUGGAAGCCUUGUUUAAAGAAUUCAACCAAGCCUCCGGAAUCCAGUCCUUGUUUCCAUGUGAUUCAAGCAACGGGAUUAAGAUCCCCAAUCAAGAAAAUUGUCAGAUGGGCGACACAUCCCGAACUGGUAAACUCCAAGAUUGGGAUCCCACCAUGAUGUUGGAAAAUCUUUCUUUCCUGGAAGAUAAGAUUCAUCAGCUUCAGGGUCUAGUGCAGUUGAUUGUUGAUCAGAAAGGUCAACAAUUCAGACAACCUGAUGAAAUUAUUACUCAAGAAAAGCAGCUUGUCACAGCCGAUCUGACGUCGAUUAUAGUUCAAUUGAUCUCUACAGCAGGUAGUCUUCUUCCUUCUGUCAGGCUGACUACUUCAGACACCAGUCCAUCUGUUGGACAGCAUGGCCAGAUUCCCGGGAUGACUUUUCCUUCUGGACUGGAUAUGAGUAAUAGUAUCCAACCACAACGUGAUAUUAGAGAUAAAAUAUCUGAUCAUUCCAACCAGAUUGACCUGACUAAUACGUGUGAAAUGGAGCAAAUCCACGUGGAAGAACACGAAUCAAAAGACGAAGAGGAUGUGGAUGAGGGCGAGAACCUUCCACCAGGUUCCUUUGAGAUUUUACAGCUAGAAAAAGAAGAAAUCCUUGCUCCUCAUACACACUUUUGUACAAUAUGUGGGAAGGGAUUCAAGAGAGAUGCAAAUCUUCGGAUGCAUAUGAGAGGCCAUGGUGAUGAGUACAAAACCCCGGAAGCGCUUGCAAAACCUAACAAAGAAUCCGCGUCUGAACCAAAGCUCAUCAAGAGAUAUUCCUGUCCCUACCCUGGCUGCAAGCGUAACAAGGAUCACAAGAAGUUUCAACCUCUGAAGACUAUUUUAUGUGUGAAAAACCAUUACAAAAGAAGUCACUGUGACAAGAGUUACAUUUGCAGCAGAUGCCACACGAAGAAAUUUUCUGUCAUGGCAGACCUUAAAACUCAUGAAAAGCAUUGUGGUAAGGAUAAAUGGCUUUGUUCAUGUGGCACAACAUUUUCAAGGAAAGACAAGCUUUUUGGACACAUUGCUCUGUUUCAAGGCCAUACACCAGCAAUACCCUUGGAUGAAUCAAAAGCACCAACUGGGCUGGCUGAUAUGGAAAGCAAGGAGAACAAUAGCAAGGGAGGAAGCUUUGGAUCAAAUGCUUCUUGUGAUAGUGGCAUUCAAAACAUCAUGGAUAUGAAAGGCAUUACUGACGAUCCUAUCAGUUAUCUCUCAUCAUUGAACUAUGAAACCUGUAACUUUGGUGAAUUCAAUGAUUUUCCUCGACCCCCAUUUGAAGACACUGAAGGUUCAUUUCCUUUUCUCAUGUCUGAAUCCUUCAACUAUGCUCCUAAAUGUGGAGGAGAGUCAAGUUCUGACAAUCUGUUGUGAAUCUUGUGAUGAUCUAUGAUUAUGAUGACGACGACUACGACGACGCUGCUCUAGUUUUACAUUGUGCAGGGAUUCAUUUACUUUACUGAUUUCCUUGAAAUUUGUAAAGCAUAGUAAUCUCGUGUACUUGCAAUUCCGUAAUAUAGAAAGACAUUUCCUUGAA